UUCUUGUAUUCCCGGAACGAAGAUCGAAGUAACAUAACAUAUUUUAUAGUUAGCGAUGAUGAGAUAUAGCCUCUCGUACUAUUUAAGCUUCUAGGUGAACUUGAUAUUUGGGCGUCACCUACUUCGCCGGGUUUAAAAGGGUGGAAUAACUUCAAAGGCGUACAAGUCUAACUAGUAGACGACUAUGGGACCAGGUGCUCCAAUACGAAAUAACCACGGGAUUGAGCUAUCUUCGAGGUAUGAAAUCCGGCGAGUAACGCCUGAUCUUGCCGAGUCGAUCUCAGCCUUGAGUUUCUUUACUCACUACUUCGACUCACCCAUCUGGAACGCAAUAUAUGAAGGACGCCAGGCAAGCGAAGCGUUGAAGGCUUACCAUGCCUGCAAACCUUUCUAUGAGAUGCCUGAAAUGGCAGCGAAGAAUGGCCUCUCCUUCUGCAUCUGGGACAAGGAAUUCGUAUUUAAGAGGCCCGAAUCAGCUACUAAGGGUGGUGCUUGUUAUUGGAAUGACUUCGAUAUCGACGACCCUAAUCUAGAGGUUAAUGGGCGUCAAAGGUUACUUGAUGCAUUGGAUUUUCCGAUUGUUGGAUUUGGAUUGUCGUUCGAUAAAUUCGCCCCUGGUGACCCGAAGGGGUGGGAGGCUGCAACGAAGGCCACGCCUCUGAAUGUUCCCAUGGGUAAACAUUAUGAAGCACAUGACCCACGACCGAAAGGAUCAUGGGAGCCCACGGCGACCGGACAGGUUAUUGAACGGGUCGGUAGCGGAACAAGACACGGGUAUUAUGGCCAAGGACUCAUGAAAGCGUUAGCAAGAUUCAUAAUGCUCGAAAUGAAAUCUAGGGGAUAUCGGGCAAUACAGAUCAACUGCGGAGCACCUCAAAUGCAUCAUGUAUGGUCUAACCCUCCGAAACCGUUCAGGAGUUCUACUCUAGUGACGUUUCCCACAUGGAUUUUUGAGAUGGAGGAAGAUGGUAAGAAGGUUAAGCCGUACGAAAAAUCAAAGUUGCCCAAUCUGUAUCUUGUGUGGACGGAACUGUUGGAUUAGAGAUGCUGUGUGAGGUACAUAUUCUAUAUUUGUGUGGUAUUUAAUGGAAUCGGUGAGGAACUCAUGCUUCCUACCGUGGAAUAAUAAUGAAUAUUCGUUUCCGAUUUUACUCCAGACCCCCUUUCCCUAUUCACUCAAGAGCUUUGCGCCAAGUCUAAUAUCGUAAGAUAAAGGAGGCUAUGAGAAGGAGUUGGUCCGGUAAAAUAUAAUAUGACGGUUUACUAUAGCAAGAGGAGCUAGAGUUUGACUUGGUAAGAAAUUGGACUAACAGGUGGUUAACUUCAAUGUUGAAUUCGUGCCAAGGAAGCAAGUAGAUCCAUGACUUGACUUUCAACUAACCAUCUCUUUCCGUCGUCUGAUUUGACGAACAAAGCAAACAUAACAUGUAACUACCUACACGUAGUAUACCUUAUGUACCUAAGAUAAGAUGUACUAUAGUUGUUUCUC